AUAUUUAGUUUGUCGAUGGCUGGUCAACCCUUCUCGAACAUGUGGGUGACAAGGGUGCAGCCUUGGGUCGAUGGCUGGGACCAGGCAGAGGAGAACGUGGCGCUUCCGACCCCUGCACACACGGAGGCUUCGUACAGGGUGUACCUGAGCUGGUACCAGCCUAAGACUCGUUGCCGCUUGCUAUAUGCUGACAUGCAUCCACAGCCGCACGUUGCGACCCCACAUGAUGGCUAUGCACGACAUAGGGAUGAGGCAUUAGCUGGGGCGUUUGAAAUGUGCAGGUUGAUGGACGUAGAUGCCAGGGCGAAUUUGAUGAGGAUUCGAGCGGGAUCUAUGAUGGAUAGGAAUGAGCAAGAGUCGGCCUGGACCCGAGUUUCACAAAGAGUCCAUUUCAUGCUUGAAGCCUUUGGUAGCCGGACAUCGUACGAGGACUCCUACGGUUCGUCUCAAGCCUCGACCUCGUUUCCUUGUGGUCCCACACAGCAGCAGCCUUCCCCAGCACCUUAUUGGUCUCAGCAGCAUUAUCUAGGUACGUGAGGAUACUUACUGACUUCCUACUUUGAUAACAACAAUUAAUUCUCAGUCCAUACAGGUGAUGGACACCCACAUUAUCAACUUCACGGAGGGACCCAGUUUGGUACCAUGGCACCAGCUGCAGGGAUGUCAUUUCAACCAACACAGGCACCACCACGACAUUUCG